AUGUCGCAGGCGGUGUCCAGAACCUAUACCGCGCAGCAGGGCUACACUCUAGAUGCUGCAUCCGCAGAGGCAGACUAUCGACAUCUUCUCUCAGCUGCCUACUGCAUCUGUCAGAUUCUUGAGGGCAAAGGCAUUCCGUUUGUGUUUAUGAAUGGAUACUCGCUGGUGCUUCGAGGCAAUCAGCGCCCAACACGAGAUGUUGAUAUUGCAAUAGGGUGCACCAUGAGUCAACUCACACAAGUAAUAUCGGAAGGGCAACGUAUUUUAAGACCAUCGUAUCCUGUAUUUGGCGUCAUGAGGAUUUUUGUCCAGACAGGGGGGCCAAUCGAUCCAGGAUUCCCUGAGAUCUAUGUAAUGGCAGACUUAAUCGUAUCUCCUGGAUCAUACACUGCUGCUGAAGAAGCGCUGGCAUCAACUGAAUCUAUGACUGUCAACACAGAUCUUGGAAGAAAGGAUUUUCCAGUCCUCAGUAUUCUCAGCAUACUGACAAGCAAACUUGAAUCGUAUUAUGCGAGAGUCGAGAAGAAUGACCACAUCGAUAUCUUGUUUCUUAUCGAGAAAUUUCCCGAGAGCGUGCGGGCUAUACGCCACCGGUUGGAUAAAAGGCAAUGUAACGUCUUCAUUAACGUCUAUAGGGCCAGGAUUUUAGGGGAUCACAGCCCGAUCUCCAGGGCGAUGGAUGUUCUCGGUAUCAUGUAA